AUCAAACUAUUCUUGGUAUUCAACGUUUAUACUUCGGUUAUCUUCUAGUAUAUACUUACAUUAUCCAUGACUGUUGAUUAUGUUCGUUUUAAAAUAAUUCAAACUGUAUACAAGUUUACGAAUUAUGGUAAUAUUAUUAUAAUGUAAAAAUCGGAAUACGUAAAUUAAAUCUAAUAUUUCGACAAGAGAAGUCUAUAAAAUAUUUGUACCAUUUGUACGUUCUUGUAGUCAGAAAUUAGAAAAACGAGCUUGAAAAAGACGUUAAAAAAUAGAGACUAAUAUAAGUAUAUUGGAAUGGAGCAUCUAAAGUGGACAACACCAAUUAAGAAUGGAAACGAAUGUGAAAAUUUGUCAACCAAGAGUCCUGUGAUUUAUAAAACUCCUGUAAAGCAGUAUAAUACAAGUUCAAAGCAUACAACAUAUCGAAGUAAUACAAAUUCCUUUAAUGUGCUUCCAAAUCACAUUACACCCCCUUCAGGUUUAACAAAAUUUAUAGUAAGGAAUCCAUUUGAGACUGAUUUAACUAAUAGACUGCAUUUAUCUGUGAUUAGUCCAACUGUGUUCAGUAAGGUUUCAAAUCCAUCUCAUCAAUCACCAGACUUUGCAUGGAGUGUGGAUGAGUUGGCAUUAAUACAGCCAGCGAAAAUAGAAGAAUUUCCUAUGCAACAAAUACAUUGUGUAGACCCAGAGAUUGAAAUAAAAGCUCAAGCAGCUAUUGAUCAAUUUUUUAAUAAAAAUGAAAUAAUUCCAAGCCCAUGGGAGAUAAAGAAGAAAGAAAAUAGAACAAUAGUUAAUGUAGAUACUCAUAUAAAGGGUUCGAGUGAACUGAAUUCAGAAUCUUCCAAAUUGAAAAAAGAUGGAUGGAGUCAAACAGUAUUAACAUUUCCAUCUGAAUUGCCAGCUCAUGUUAUGGAAAUGUUAAAACCUUAUCUUACAUUCAUUCAAGAGCAAAAUGUUGAGAGUGACGAUGCAAAUUUGAGUAACAACUCUUUAAGACGGAAGUUAUUCUCUAAUCUUGAUGAUUGUGUAGAUAAUGAAGAAGAUUCUUCAAUCUCUUUAUCGUCGCCAGUAAAAAUGGAUGGAUCUUUAGUAUUAUCUUCCAGUCCUCCACAAAGUGGAAUGUUAAUUCAUGGUACAUCAUUGAAGUGCUCGCCAAAUGAAAAUUGUCAUUACAACACGUCGCAAAUAGACACAGGAAAUUUAUCGCAUCCUAGUAUAUCUCCCAUACACAGUACAGUAAAUAACAUGUCGUAUGAAAGCGGGGAAUCUCGAUCUCGUUCGGUUGCUCGACUGAACUUCAGUAUGGACAUAGAUCGAUCUAAUAUGCAACAUAAAGAUCUAUCAAACAAUUACUCUUUAGAUGAAUCUCUUAGCAAAACAAAUGCAGACAAAAAGGCAGGUGAUCUUUUAAAUUUACAAAGCGAAUCUGCGAGUGCUCAAGAUGAUACCCAUACAGAAAUAAAAGUCCUAGCAAAGAACUCAAUUCACGUUGAGCAUAAUUGCGAAAACAAAACUACAGAAUUUGAUGUUAAAUACAGUAAUGCUACCAACACGUUUAAAUUGUACAAGACGAGUACAAACGAAAGUUGUAUGAUCCAACAGACUAAUGCGAUGCUAGGUAUUUCCGGACAGCAGAGCGUUUCGAAUUCUAUACAAGACACUGGUUAUCAAACUUGCAGUAUGAGCAAUACAGCGAAUGUUACUGAUAGUUGUAGCACUACUCCGACUAAGCAAAAGGUUUACUGGGGAGAUCGAAUUUUAAUGAGUGACGAUGAACUUCGUCUACCCGAGUGGAGAGAGAACAUGAAAAAUAUAUUUAGUUCUACUCCAUCACGAUCAAAUAGGGAAAGGGAUACCCAUAUAUUUUAGAUAAAUAUCUUUUAUAUGGCAAAAAUAUAUAAUCCAAGAAUAUUUUUUAUUUUUGAUAAUGAAAUUAGAAAAAAUAACCUGCUCAAAUGCUUAGGAAAAAUUUAAGACACAAUUUUUCAUAUACAAUCAAAGAUAAUAUUAUCAUUUGUAUUGCUCGUAUUUAAAAUCUUACUUUAUUAUGUCAAUAUGUUUUGUUUCUUAGUUAAAAUUUAUAAUGUAAAAAUUUUAAUAUACAAUAAUUAAUAUAAUUUUUAAUUUUUCAUUACCUGGUAUCAUCUACAACAUAUUUUUUUACGCAUGGAUGCAAAAAUGCAUUUAUGUAUAAUAAUUCAUGAAAUGAUAACAAUAUAUUUCAUUUCAUGUAUUAUCAUUGCAAGUAUCAGAAUUUGAGUGAAGUGGGUAGAAAUUUAACACAUGUUAUAUACAUAUUAUACACACAUGUAUAAUGUAAUCAUAUCAUAUCAUAUAAUAUAUACAUGUUUUAUACACGUGUUAUAUAUUUUCCAUAUUAAAAUACACAACAAUCCAUUCGAAAUCAAGGAACCAAUAGAUAGAGAAGGAUAAAUAUAAAGCAUUGCAUGAAAAUAAUUAUGACAAAUAUCAGUUUGAUGUAAAAUAUAUUAUCACCGAUUAUGUUUAUAAUGAUUGUACUUAAUAACUGAAUGUGCUUGUGUUAAUCAUGGAAAUAUAACAUAAAACGUGGCGAAUUA